GAUGAAUCACUUGACCUGAAAACAAGGACUUUCGCUUUGCUAGAAAAUUAAGGACAGAGUUUGUGGAAUGGACUGCUCUUGGGUUUUCCUUAGAAGAAGCUUGUGAGAAGCACAGUUUCUGUUCGUAAGAGUGGGCUUAAACCAGGUGAUCUCCAAAGAUUUCCUUCAACUCUCAAGUUGAAAGAGGCCUUGCUGAGGAAACAGGCAGCUAAUGGGCAGAGCAUCAAACCAGGGGGGUCUAGGUCCAGGCCCGGGCGCUUCCUGCUGUCAGACUGCCUCCUCACAUCAGCAGGCAUUCCUGGGAUUCACAGCAACAAAAGAGCCCUCUGCUUUGAAAGGGGUUCAGUCUGUCUCUUCUGUAGUCUGGACUCUGGAAUCUAGAGAUUCGCUGAAGCUCACGUCCCAGGGUCUUGACGUAGUGUGAAGUUCUGAGUGAUUUCCUAAAGACGGUGUCCUGAACCAUGGGCCUGUGGUGAUUUCAUGUGUUCCUUGUAUACAAGCGACGUCCCAGAUUAUAAUUCUCUGCUGAGAUUUGAGUUGGAUUUGAGAAUUUGGAGAAUCCCUGCAGCUGUGUAACUUCAGAGGUGUAAUUAGCUGAAAACAUCAUCGUUUUGAAGAGUUCUGCGUUUUGCCAGUCACCUCUCAACUGUGUGCCAAAGAAGGACUCCAUGAAAGAUGACAGAAGAAGUUAUUGUGAUAGCCAAGUGGGACUACACCGCCCAGCAGGACCAGGAGCUGGACAUCAAGAAGAACGAGCGGCUGUGGUUGCUGGACGACUCCAAGACGUGGUGGCGGGUGAGGAACGCGGCCAACAGGACGGGCUAUGUGCCGUCCAACUACGUGGAGCGGAAGAACAGCCUGAAGAAGGGCUCCCUCGUGAAGAACCUGAAGGACACACUAGGCCUCGGCAAGACGCGCAGGAAGACCAGCGCGCGGGAUGCGUCCCCCACGCCCAGCACGGACGCCGAGUACCCCGCCAAUGGCAGCGGCGCCGACCGCAUCUACGACCUCAACAUCCCGGCCUUCGUCAAGUUCGCCUAUGUGGCCGAGCGGGAGGAUGAGUUGUCCCUGGUGAAGGGGUCGCGCGUCACCGUCAUGGAGAAGUGCAGCGACGGUUGGUGGCGGGGCAGCUACAACGGGCAGAUCGGCUGGUUCCCCUCCAACUACGUCUUGGAGGAGGUGGACGAGGCGGCUGCGGAGUCCCCAAGCUUCCUGAGCCUGCGCAAGGGCGCCUCGCUGAGCAAUGGCCAGGGCUCCCGCGUGCUGCAUGUGGUCCAGACGCUGUACCCCUUCAGCUCAGUCACCGAGGAGGAGCUCAACUUCGAGAAGGGGGAGACCAUGGAGGUUAUUGAGAAGCCCGAGAACGACCCCGAGUGGUGGAAAUGCAAAAAUGCCCGGGGCCAGGUGGGCCUCGUCCCCAAAAACUACGUGGUGGUCCUCAGUGACGGGCCUGCCCUGCACCCUGCGCACGCCCCACAGAUAAGCUACACCGGGCCUUCGUCCAGCGGGCGCUUCGCGGGCAGAGAGUGGUACUACGGGAACGUGACGCGGCACCAGGCCGAGUGCGCCCUCAACGAGCGGGGCGUGGAGGGCGACUUCCUCAUUAGGGACAGCGAGUCCUCGCCCAGCGACUUCUCCGUGUCCCUUAAAGCGUCAGGGAAGAACAAACACUUCAAGGUGCAGCUCGUGGACAAUGUCUACUGCAUUGGGCAGCGGCGCUUCCACACCAUGGAUGAGCUGGUGGAACACUACAAAAAGGCGCCCAUCUUCACCAGCGAGCACGGGGAGAAGCUCUACCUCGUCAGGGCCCUGCAGUGACGGCGCCCCGGCCCCACACUCGCCUCCCGGGCCCCACGGUGGAGCUGCCCGCCCGGCCUUGUGGCAGAGGCUCCUCCCGCGGGGACGGCCCCGACGGCUUCUCUGCGAGUCUCUCUUUAUGUUCAGGUCGCUUGGUCGGUUUGUCUCCCAUUUGCCAUCCAGGCCUCACACCCACACUCGAGCCCACCCGGCCGGCCAGCUUUAGAGGAGGGGAGGAGCAGGGCGAGUUCACAUUAUUCCUUUUCCAUCGGAAAUGGCGCUCGUGCAUUCAACUCGUUCCCGCUCAUGGAACCCCUCUUUAAAAAGACGCAGGGCACCUGUGAGCGCAGGAGCGAGCCUAAGGCCACCCAGCGGCAGCGCCCGUGUCCUGGGCACUCAGCGUGCUGGGCAGAGCAGGUGCGAUGGCCCCAGUCCUAGCAGCCCUCGCCCAUGUCCUGUGCCCUUACAUGGCUCCCGGACUGUGCAGGGAGCCGACACGUUUGCUGAUAGCAAUACUGGAACCACCGGGUGCGAUGGCAGUGAGGAGACUGCCCAGUGCCUUUGGGGCUGUGCUUGCAAUAAAGAAAGAAUUUCCUGGAAAGGCAGUCUGCAAAAGAGGGAACCAGUGACUCAGAAAGACAGAUGUUUUGGUAAUUUACCCCAAAUGUGCCAUCCACAUAGUGCUUUUUCCUCUUGCCCUUCGGCUUGUUUGAAUCUCACAAUUAUGUAUUUAAUUCUCAAAGAAAUAUGUAUCUGUAGCCGUUUGUUGACACUAAUACAGAUGAUUAAGGAAAACAGCUGAUCUUUGGGGAAGGGAGCUACCAACACUUUAUACACACACACACGUGCACACACACACACACACUAUAUAUAUAUUAUUUACAGGGAAAUUUUUCAGGGUUUACAAAAGAGUAUGUGAUUGGUAGUAAGAGAGACACAGAAUGUUUAUGAAGACAUUGCAUUUUCUUUUUCCUUUACAUUUGAACUUCUUUAUAGUUUAAAUAUACAGUCUUGAGAUGGCACAUUCCUAUGAUUGAAGAAGGGGUCUUGAGAUCCCCUAAACUUGCAUACCCAGUUUUUUGGAUAUUGUAAUAAAAAAAAGUAUUAUGACAA